AUGGCCAUUGUUUGGAGAGAGAGUUCAGUUGUGGAGGAAGACCUCAGGAUGGCGCCCGGUUUGCAAUUCGAUCCAACCGAAGACGAACUGAUCCAGUUCUAUCUGUCUAAAAUAGUGGCAUCUGAACCUCUCCCCGUUAAGGUCAUGAAGGAGAUCGAUGCUCAACACUUCUACCAGCACCAUCCCAAGAAUCUAGUUGAUGGCUCAGAGAAUCUAUCCAGAGAAUAUUUCUUAGUUCAUGGAGAUGAAUAUUUCCAUGGAAAAAUCGACAAGGUGAAACUUGUCGGUGAAGGCAAUGUCGGAUCCUGGAGUUCUCUAGGAAAAGAAGAAGAAGUUGUCGACGAAAAUGGAAACGUAAUCGGCUUCAAGAUCCAUUCUACAUUUUUAUCAUCCAAAUCCAAGAAAACACAUUGGAGAAUGAAGCUCUACCGGUUGCCUCUGCCCAACAAUCAUGAGGAUUCCAGUGGAGAAGAAUGGGUGAUAGCAAGGAUCCGAGGAGCACAGCAAUUAUAA